AUGGCCACAAACAGCUCCUUCCUCUUUGCCCACAGCUUUGAGCUUCAAGUCACCUCACAGGCUGCUGAGAAAGUAGGGCUCGUGGGGUACCCUCCCUGUAGAGAGGAAGAGACGGGGCACAGGAAGAACAAACUUGGCUCAGAGCAUCCUUCUAGGAAAACGCCAGCUUCCUGUCCGGUUUUCCACCGAACAAGGAAAGGCCUGUGUAGUCGAGAGAAAGACCACCUGGGAAGGGAAGGAGGCAGGGCAGACACCGUUCCCCGGGCUCGUGCUGUGUCCUCCAGGGAGAGCCCCGUCCCCUAUCACCCUGCAGGCGUCCGAAACCCUUACCACUGGCCAUCCAACCUUCUGCCUUCCAGAGCUGCAAAGACGGGGGAAACUCACUCUAGGGGACCCCAGAGCUUUUACAGUAACCUCCUCAGUGGUAAGCACAGAGGGUACAAGGGAAGCCCUUAA